AUGGAUAAGAAUCAUCGACUGUAUUUGAGGAAUCUUUCCUCAAGUGUGACUAAAAAUGUUAUAGAGGAACGGUUCAAAAAUUAUGGAGCCGUUACAAACAUUGAGAUAAAAGAAAAGGCCAAUGCUUUAGGAAACAAUGGAAAAUUUGCUUUUGUCAAUAUCGUUACUUCCGAUAGAAAGUUGAAUGAUUGUUUUCAAGACCUCAAAAAUCUCACUAUCGACGGUUGCCAAAUUCGCAUGGAAAUGGCCAAAGAGAGCUUUUUAGCUCGAUUACAGAGAGAAAGGGAGUCCAGCAAAAUGGCUUUACCAGAAAAUAUUCAGGUUCCGAAACAUGUUAUUGAACCUAUUAACAUCGUGCCAUUAAUAAAGCCAGAGGUUGUCCGUCGCCCCAGCAGAAAGUUCUUCAAUAUUGAUGAUCAGGAAGUUUCCAACUUUGACAUCACUCGCAAAUCUAUUCCAGAAAAAGUUGUAGAUAGUCAACCAAAAGCAAUCAUGCAACACGAAUUUGUAGUACAGAAAAAAAUAAACGUAUCAGAUGAAAAACGUUUAAAAUCCCUAGAAGAAAAAAAAAAGGCUUUCAAAAUUAAGGAAAAUCUUAUUCGACAAGCACUGAAUUCUGUGGAUCAAAAAUCAGUUGCUACAAGAAAAUUUUUUUCUGACGAUUUGGAAAGUUUGAAUGAAACCAGUGUAGAACACAAAAAAAAGAAACGUUUAUUCAACGAUGAUGAUGAGGAUGAAGGAGAUGGUGAAAUUUUGGAAAACGGUGAAUUCAAAAUUUCGAAAAAUAUCAACAAAAAGCUUCAAACCCUGCAACAAAAUUAUGGAAAUGAUAAACGAUUUACUCUAGAUGAUCGUUUUGUUGAGGUUGAGGAUAAUGUUGAAGUAAACAGCGCAGAUUCUUUGUCUGGGCUUAAUGGAGAAAGAGACUGGCAAUUAGAUAUUUUGCAAAGUGUUCUAGGGAAACCCAUGAGAAGUUCAAGAAUUGAUGAGACUGCUGAUAAAAGAAAGAAGGGUAUGAUCAGAUAUGAUCCAAUGAAAAAUGAGCAUGCUGAGUGUAAAACUCCAAUUGUAAAAAGUCGUAAUCCCAAGAAAAUGAACAAAGCGGACAAAGUUCUGAAUGAGAAUGUUGACGACCAACAGAAACAUCCUGAAUUGUCUAAAGACACUUUUUAUAAUGUGUCUGAAAAUUUUGCGGACACACUGAAGCAAGAUGAACAGUUUAGCUUGCUGAAAACUUUCCGCGCAGCAAAAUCAGGCACAGACGAUCCUAUAGAUGAAGAAAUAUACGAAGAACGGGAACACAGGUUCAACUUUAGCACGAAAAAUCCAUUCAAGUAUGAUUCGUCGGCUGACGAAGGCGAAAAUUAUGAGGAUGAAAUUAACAAUAAAAGCAUUGAGAAAAGUGAAGCGAAAAGCAAUUGGAACGAUAGAUUAUUUUUUAACGACAAUGAUAUUCGCUUUGAGGAUGCACAAAAAUUUUUCGGUAAACAAGCUGAAAAAAAUACUGACUUUUCAACUCUUCGAAGAGAACUAAAACAGAUCGUACGAUCAAAGAUUCAAAAUAAUCUCCGGAAAAAAGUUACGUGGAAGAAAAAAAAGAUUAACAAGUCGUAAUUGUUACGUUUGAUGUGUAAAAUAUAAACAAAAUAGAAAUAAAAAUUU